AUGAACACGCUGUUCCCGUCCCCCAUACUCGUGCUCACCUGUGUCUCCUUGCUGACUUCGACAGUCACUCUCAUUCAAGGGGCUUUGGUCCUCUAUAUCACACCUGCAAUGUGGAUCAUUCCAGGUGCUUUCAUCGGCACAGUCGCCUACCAUUCGCUCCUUGCCCUCCUUACACGGUCAAAACCUAUACGCUCGACGCGUUGGUUCUCUAUAUUCACAGUCGCCGCCCCCUACACUCUCACCGCCGUGUGGACAGCCGCCCUCACUAUCACCCUCGUAUUCACAACCCUCAUAUCCAUCAGAAACUUCGACAUUCCUGAGGGUCCCCGCCAACAGAGCAUCCGACCGUUACUCUUCUCCAUAUCCGCGUUCUCAUUGGUGCAGACCAUCGUCGUGGGGGCGAUCGCGGUGCUAUCCCACAAGGAGCGGAAAAGGGCGCAGUAUCAGGCAAAGUGGCAAUGGAAUGUCACACUGAAUACGUCAAAGUGGAGUAUCACAAAGGAAACCUUGUGA